CCACGGCCAACUGGCAUCCAAGUGCACUAGUAGUAUACCAAAGCCGCGCUCCUUACAAGAAGAUGAAGUGAAGUGGCAGGAAGCCGUCAAUGAAUUCAUAGAUCACGACAGAGACGUUAUCAGUGGCUGGCAAAGUGCACUAGAUGUACUCAUGCUUUUUGCCACACUGUUUGCUGCCAUCCUAUCUGCAUUUCUUAUCGAAUCGUCCAAGGACUUGAAGGCCGACGCAACGGUGGACUUGCUUGCUCAGAUAGCCAUGCUACUCGCUAAUGGCACUUCAGGGGGCGUCGACUCCCAAGUUGGCAUUGCGAGAGGACGAUUUCGGCCAACAUCCACCACUAUUACCGUGAACCGAUUAUGGUACAUUUCCCUAGCCCUUACACUUGGCUCUGCCGUCGUCUUAAUGCUGGCCAAACAAUGGCUAGAAGAAUAUAAGACGCCGGAAAUGAGUUCCAAGUCCCUUGAUCAGGAUUUGCUGAAGGAGAUCAAAUAUCAGGCAGCUCUCGUUGCAUAUCAGCCUCAAGGGCUGGAAGAAUGGACAGUUCCCCAUAUCCUUGGAAUACUUCCUAUUGUUCUGCACACCGCUUUGGUGCUGUUCGCCGGAGGGCUCAUCGUUCAUCUCUGGAAGCUGGAUGAACUCACGGCAAAAUUUCUCCUUGUUUGUACUGCAAUCAUGGUGACAGGCUACGUGAUAUCAAUGAUCUUACCUGCGAUCGUCACCGAUUGCCCAUACAAAACUCCUGUCUCCCAUUUCUCUUCGAACUUUGGAAGUGCGGUCUACGUCUUCACUCAUCCCGGCAUUCCCAAAAUCCGAAGAGAACCCGUGAAUACCUCCCUUGAACAGUACCACAUUCCUCUCAAAAAAAGCCCUUUCCCCCGAGAUUAUCUUACAGAUAUCACGCACGCAGACCCUACGAGCCGCUUCCGUAGAAGCCUGCGAGUGCGGCAGACCUUACACCGCCAGGAAAGACACCAAGUGAAGGAAAACGUUGAGCACUGGCAGAUCAGGUUCCUCACAACGUUCGAGGACAGAACAAGGCAUCCGGGGAUGCGCACAUGGGCCUUGGAAACCCAGGAACAUAUCUGGGACAGUCACAUCGCCGCACUCGGAAAACAAUCAAAUUGCAUACCUCUGCCUUCCGAAUCGCACAUAAAUCCUCCACAACCGGGCCACCGGCCUGGGAUCUCUCCGCGUGGCUCAACUACCGACUCUAUUAGGCUCGACAAUCUUGAAGGUGGCGAGGGCUAGC